UUAAUUAGCUUUUCAUCUCUUUGGUACCCUUUAAUUUUUAAAAAUUUCACUUUCUUUAUGUUUGAAGUAAUAUAAAUAUAUAUAAAGUAGGCCAUGAAUUCUGUCAUCAUGUUUUACAUCGAGCAUGAUUUUUAAUUAAGCAAAAUGGUUAAAUGAUUUUGAUAUUUUCAUAGCUAGAACUCUAUUCCACUACAAUCUUGAUUGUUAAAUAAAAGUAAGCGAAAGAACAAUCAUAAAUUAUUAUAAAAUGAAUAAGAGUUUUUACACAACAUUAUAAUAGUUCUGUUUUUUUAAUUAUGUUUAUAAAAUUAUGAAUUUGCAUAAAAAUCUACAGUCUACUAAUCAGUUAUGAAUUAUUAUAACAGGACCAGUAGGAUGUCACUUGUGGAUCGCGAAAUCUCAUGACGAGUUUGAAUCAGACUUCAUCCGAGGAGGCAGUUUUAUUAGCACGCGGUUAUAAAUUUCUAAAAAAACUGGGAGAAGGUGCUUACGCGAAGGUGUAUCUGGCAGAGUAUAAACCAGAAUCAGAUCCAGAAAGGAAUAGUACUUUGGCUUGCAAAGUGAUAGACACCGGGCUAGCGCCGAAAGAUUUCGUCCGAAAGUUUCUUCCCCGGGAGCUCGACAUCCUGGUGAAAUUGAAUCACCCUCACGUGGUGCAUGUACAUAGUAUAUUCCAAAGGCGUACAAAAUAUUUCAUAUUUAUGCGUUAUGCUGAGAACGGCGAUCUCCUGGAGUUUAUACUGAAGAAUGGUGCGGUUGCAGAGGGACAGGCGCGUGUAUGGUUUCGACAACUUGCUCUUGGUCUUCAAUAUUUACACGAAAUGGAGAUUGCUCACAGAGACAUAAAAUGCGAGAAUGUUCUACUAACGUCAAAUUUCAAUGUCAAGCUUGCGGAUUUCGGAUUUGCUCGCUACGUGAUAGAUAAUCGAGGUAAACGCGUUCUGAGCGAUACUUAUUGCGGUUCUCUAUCGUACGCUGCCCCAGAGAUCCUUCGUGCUUCCCCGUACAAUCCAAAGAUAGCGGAUCUCUGGUCCCUUGGCGUCAUCCUCUACAUCCUUUUAAACAAAUCGAUGCCCUUUGACGACACUGAUAUCAAACGUCUGUACGAGCAACAAACAAAUCGCAAAUGGAAGUUCCGAAGUAAAAUCGCAGAAACCUUAAGCGAACAAGUAAAGAAGCUAGUGACUCGUCUUUUGGAACCUGAUGUCUCGAAACGCUGGAAGCUGGAUCAGACAUUGCACAGUGAAUGGAUUGCAAUGGAUCCUAGACUUCUGGUACUCACACCAGCUGAACAGACUGCCCUUAACAACGCAAUACAGGAGAGGAAGAAAAUCGAGGAGAAAUUCUCUACGAAAGAUCCUAAAUUGUUCAAAGUGGAGGAAAAGAAGAAAAUUAACAACACAGCUAAGGCGAAACCUGAAGAGGUCACCGUGAUUAAGAAAGCUGCCAGAGUAACAAUGUCCUCUAUAGCUGCUGGACCCAUAUUUAAACACUCUUAGCGUUCAGCAGUGUACGUAUGUUGAGCCUUAUAUGAGUUUCCAUGACCAUAAACCAUCAAGUUACUGCCAGGA